AUGCCAACCGGAAGGUCAGACGAAAGCGAGCGAGGCUCUUUAGUUUCGGACGACCUUCGGCGAUUGCGUACGGGAAAGCGAGGGAGACCCCCAAUUGACCCUACGCAAAAAGGCUUAGUGGAGAGGCGCCGUAACCAAGUUCGGAAAGCACAACGGGCUUAUAGGUCUCGAAAAGGGGAAGAAGCUGCUCUUCGCAUGAACUACGUACAGGUUCUUGAAAAUCGAAUUGAGCAUAUGAGCCGGUCUUUCUUUGAACUGCUAUCCCAUAUUACAAACGCGGAAAUUACUCAGAGGCAGCCAGAACUUUCACGCGAGAUCCAAAGUAUUACUCGCGAUUUUAUAUCUGCUUCUCAGAUUAUCGAGCCUUUCAAGGAGCCACAACGUGAUGAUGGAUAUGUCUACCAUAACCACUUAAGAGCUGACCCAAAUCCGCCAAGGCGAGGCCCGUCAUCCAAUGCGCGCACUACUUGCUCUACGGAAUUACCAGGACCAAUCACUAUACCUACCGAAACAUCAAUGCCCAGUCUUGCACCUGCGUUAGGGCUUCCCAUUCCUUUCCUCGAAACACGAAUCCUAUCACCGAGGAAUUUCGCGGAGCGGCUUUAUUUUAAUUGCAUCAAGCGGGCUCAUGGCCUGUUAACUAACCCGCAUGCAGAUGGGGCUGAAGUCACCAGAGUUUUCCAGUAUUCAUUCCAUUACUCGGACGCUAGCACGAUGAUUUCGACCUUUGACAUCUUGCUACGGACUAAUGCCGAUUACCGAACUGCAUAUGUGUAUAGUUUGGGUGGUGCAGGGACCCAUUACCAAGACGGGCAGGGAGAUCCUGAUAUUGUCCAGAACGUCUCGGUAGGACAAGAGAUGCUAUCUAAAAACGACGAUGAAAUGUGGUUCGACCCUCGGGAUAUCGAGGGCUGGCUUGAAGAGAAUGGACUUGUUAUUGGAGGGACACAGUCCUUUAUGUAUUUGUCGGACUUGCGAUCAUUUGAAACGGGCAGGGCUGCGACAUUACGUCCCGAAAGUGAGGGUUCACAGCGGGAUAUCCAGCAAAGUGCGAAGGUCCUCAACGUGGACCGAUUUCUUCAGGUUGACCGCGCAUUUUCAACAGAGCUUCUUUCGAGGGGUGUGUGUUUAGGAUGUGCACCAGGAUUCCGUCGUUUGGAUGUCGAAGCGGCAUUCAACCUGGCGAUAUCAGAUGACACAGCUUUCAUUUUUGAACUAUAA